AUGGUGCAUCCCACAGCAUCGAUGUCUUCCUCACGACAUCAUCCACUCUUCUUCACUCUGCUGCAUCUCCGAUCGGCUUCUAGGGGAUCCUCUGAUCUCGAGCCCAUUGCUCUCCAACCCUUCGACGGCUUCCUCACAACGAUGCCGACAUCUCGUCCUACUGCAUCGGGGUAUCCAAAUGUGCCUCCAACACUCUCCCUGUGCACCGACCAAAUCCGAUUUGGAGUAUUCCAGCCUUCCUCGGUGGUCCCUUGA